UCGAUCCAAAACCGAGCCACGGGCUCCUCAAGUGCUCAGUGCACCGUGAGCUUCAGACGCGACGGCAGGGCGAUGUCAUUGGCGAACUUCUACGAGGAUAGCGAGAUAUUUGUGACGGGCGGCUCAGGAGUGGUGGGCAAGGCGCUGAUCGAGAAGCUGCUGCGCUCCUGCAAUGUGCGCCGCAUCUACGUCCUGCUGCGUCCCCGCAGAGAGCUGAGUGCCGAGCAGCGGCUGGUCAAGCUGCGCCAGGCCACCAUCUUCCACUUGCUGCACCAGCAGAAGCCCCACGAGCUGGACAAGCUGGUGGCAGUGCCCGGCGAUGUCUCGCUGCCCGGCCUGGGCAUCGAUCCGGCCAUGACCGCCCAAAUGUCGAACGUCUCGCUGGUCUACCACUGUGCGGCCACCGUGCGCUUCGACGAGCCCCUGCGAGUGGCCCUGCAACUCAACGUGGGAGGCACCUUCGAGGCGCUCAAGUUUGCCGAGACCCUGGCGCACCUGCGCGUCUUCGUCCACGUGUCCACCUUCUACAGCAAUCCGUAUCUGAAGUGCGUCGAGCCCAAGUACUACUCCUCGCCCAUGGACUGGCGGCUCUGCCUGCGCCUGAUCGACGAGGUCCCAGACGAUGGAAUGCUCAAUGCGCUGACCCGCAAGCUCAUUGUGGGUUUUCCGAACACGUACACGUUCACCAAGAACUUGGCCGAGUCGCUAGUGAACGAUUAUCGCCGCCGCUUGCCGCUGAUCGUCUACCGCCCGUCGAUAGUUCUGUUUGCGUUGGACGAUCCCUCGCCUGGUUUCGCCCCCUCGCUCAUGGGUGCCAUGGGUCUGUUCGCUCUGGUCGGGGCAGGCAUACUGAAAACCGUAUAUCUGGGCAAGGACACGCGCCUGGACAUUACACCCCAGGACAUAGGCAUCAAGAGCAUGCUCUCCUACACGAAAAAGGGCCACGAAAAGUACCAGAAAGGGCCGCCCAAGGAGCUGCCCGUGUACAUGUCCUCCUCCUGCACCCAUGUGCCGCACACCUUCACCCAAAUCGCCGAGCAGAUGGACACGUUGGACUUGUGGAAGGACGCGGCCUUCGAGAAGAACCUCAUGGUGCCCGGCUGCCACUACACGGACCGUCGCUGGGUCUACCAGUUCCUCGUCUUCACCAAGCAGAUUGUGCCAGCUCUCCUCAUCGAUCUGCUGCUGCGUCUCUUUGGCCAACGGCCCCAGCUGAUGGGCGUUGUGCGGAAGGCCUACCAGACCCUGGAGGUGAUGCAGCCCUUCAUGUUCAACAACUACGUGAGUCCUGGGGUGACGGCCAAAGACGAGAUAUCGAAGGAGAACCAAGGCACCGAGUUCCAUUUGGGCAUCUUCAAUGAUCCGGAUAUCAAUGGUCUGGUGGUCCGCGCAAGUGGCCAGAUGCUCCACAGCAUCCGGGGCCAUCUACUCAGGGAGGAUCCGCGCACCCUGCGUCGCUCCCAGCUAAUACUCACAGUCAAGACGAUCAUCUACCAGGGCCUGCGCCUCUUCCUGCUAUACAAACUGAUCCGCUGGAUCGGGGCCAGCUGUCUGGGGCAGCACUUCUAGAUCAGGCCUCAAGCACAUCUUCUUUCUUUUUUUUUUGUAUACCUAAGUUAAGUUGAAUUUUACGUCAGUGGCCCGUAUCGCACAUCACAUUCAGUUCAUUCAUACAAUCCAAUCGACAACGAACGAGAGAGUGAGAGCUGGAAAUCAUGAAUCGAGACACCAAACAAGUCGACAGCAUGCAGCUGUCCUGCUCCACAAAGCGCUCCCAGGGCACGCAGUUCAACUCGAAGUACUGCCCCUCGUGCCGCAGGGAGACCAUUCCGCAGCGCCUGUGGCGUUGGUUCGGCGUUGCUGUCUGGCGCAUUUUGGUCUUCGCGCUGAAAUGUCUGUUCACCCUGUUCGUGUUCGUCUACCUGGCCCUCAUGCUGGAGUCGUUCGAGGCCCGCGACCUGGGCCCAUUGUGCGCCUACUGGCCCAAGUGGAUCGACUCCACGCUCUUUGAGUGGAGUGCACUGCUGCUGGAGAAGAUGCGUGGAUUCGGGCGAGAGUCGUCAGCUGGACCCGUAGCCCUCCCCGAAUAAGCGACAUCCCAUAUCCCAUAUCCCAUUUCGCAUCGCAUCCCCAUCUCCACUUGGGAAACUUUGCGAAUUACAUUAAAUAAAACAAUAAUUGUUGCCCA